GCAAGUGCCAAGUUGGAACCGAGCGCGAAGAGAUAAGAGCUGUGAGGGAGGAGAGGUGAAAGGAUAUUUUUUUGAUCGCAUUGAACCUCUCUUCCAUCUCCUUCCAAGCUCUAGAAAGGAAAAGAAGAAAGGGAAAAUGUUCGUCGAAAGCUUCAAGGUCGAGAGCCCUAAUGUGAAGUAUGGAGAUCAAGAGAUCCACUCCAUUUACAACUACGAAACCACGGAAUUGGUUCACGAGAGCCGGAAUGGAUCCUAUGCCUGGAUCGUGAAGCCUAAGACCGUCGUAUACGAGUUCAAGACCGAUACCCGUGUCCCCAAGCUCGGUGUGAUGCUCGUAGGUUGGGGAGGAAACAACGGAUCCACUCUCACUGCUGCGGUGAUUGCUAAUAGGGAGGGGAUCUCAUGGGCCACAAAGGAUAAUGUUCAGCAGGCCAACUAUUUUGGAUCACUAACCCAAGCCUCCACCAUUAGGGUUGGGUCCUUCAACGGGGAGGAGAUUUAUGCUCCUUUCAAGAGCUUGCUUCCUAUGGUGAACCCGGAUGAAAUUGUGUUUGGGGGAUGGGACAUAAGCAACCUGAACCUAGCAGAUUCAAUGACUAGGGCCAAGGUGUUGGAUAUUGAUCUGCAGAAGCAACUUAGGCCCUACAUGGAGUCCAUGGCUCCCCUUCCUGGUAUCUACGAUCCAGAUUUCAUUGCUGCCAAUCAAGAUUCCCGUGCCAACAAUGUCAUCAAAGGGACCAAGAGUGAGCAAGUCCAACAAAUUAUCAAGGAUAUUAGAGAGUUCAAGGAACAGAACAAGGUUGACAAGGUCGUAGUUCUUUGGACUGCAAACACUGAAAGGUUCAGCAAUGUGAUGGUUGGCCUCAAUGACACCACUGAGAAUCUCCUUGCAUCAUUGGAGAAGAAUGAGGCGGAGAUCGCCCCAUCAACCUUGUAUGCUAUAGCCUGCGUCAUGGAAAACAUUCCAUUCAUCAAUGGAAGCCCACAAAACACCUUCGUGCCCGGACUUAUUGAUUUUGCCAUUCGGAGGAACAGCCUCAUUGGAGGAGAUGAUUUCAAAAGUGGGCAAACCAAGAUGAAGUCUGUCCUCGUUGAUUUCCUUGUGGGUGCAGGAAUCAAGCCGACCUCCAUUGUUAGCUACAACCAUCUUGGUAACAAUGAUGGCAUGAACCUCUCUGCCCCACAAACAUUUCGUUCGAAGGAGAUCUCAAAAAGUAACGUCGUUGAUGACAUGGUCGCCAGCAAUGGCAUCCUCUACCAACCAGGGGAGCAUCCUGACCACGUUAUCGUCAUAAAGUAUGUUCCCUAUGUUGGGGAUAGCAAGAGGGCGAUGGAUGAGUACACAUCUGAGAUCUUCAUGGGUGGGAAAAGCACAAUCGUACUUCACAACACCUGCGAGGACUCGCUCCUUGCUGCGCCAAUCAUUCUUGAUUUGGUGCUGCUGGCUGAGCUCAGCACGAGAAUUCAGUUAAAGGCUGAAGGAGAGGGGAAGUUCCAUUCCUUCCAUCCUGUGGCAACCAUCCUGAGCUACCUAACAAAAGCCCCUCUUGUUCCGCCGGGCACGCCGGUUGUGAAUGCCCUCUCCAAACAGAGGGCUAUGCUGGAGAACAUACUGAGGGCUUGCAUUGGCCUGGCCCCAGAGAACAAUAUGAUCCUAGAGUACAAGUGACAUUCUGAAAAAGGUUGGAGAACUGAAGUCUGUAUAAGUGGUGGAAUUAAAAGAGCAUGCCCUUCACAUGUUCCUUCUUAAGUAUGCAGAUUUGAAUUUCAAGGUCUGGUUCUCUCAAGUUGGCUUUGCAGUAGCAGAUGAUGCAUUAUAUUAUGGUUAUGUUUCUUCUCUCAAUUAUCAUAAUUCUCCAGUAUCCCUUAUAUUGGUAAUCUACUUGUGUUCAAAACCUCAUGAUUCUGUUUUUUAAUGCAAGUGCUCAGACCUGUACGAGCUGCUAGUAGCUAUUCCACAAUAACAAUUAUGGAUAAUCUAUGAGCUUGACUGCAUUUCUGCUAGUAUUAAUUCCUGUUAUUAUCUA